AUGCUGGCCUUCCUUCUGUCAAGCUUGCUAUUGACAGCCAAUGCAGACGGCAACAAAGUGACGGUGCUUGCUGAUGUUCACACUGAUCAUGCAGCCGAUUCCAUGCGCCUUCUGCAGGAGCACGUGGUGUUGCAGGAGCAUUUGGCAACACAGAAGACACGUGGAGGGUUGGCGAAGUCUCGUCUGCAAUCUGGAUCGGCUGCUUUGCUCCCAGAGGCAUCAGUGCUCAUCCAGAAAGAGGAGCAGGAACCGACAACAGUUGUCACCAACCAGUCGUGGUUUUCCAGACUGGGCGAUUCCUUCUGGAGCGUGAUUGCUGGCCUGAUCAUGAUACCCUUUUCACUGGUACUGAUGUGGAUGAAUGAGAGAAGAAAUGCACAGCAGGAGAGCAUCCUGCAGCUUGGGGUGACCGAGGUGCAGACCAUUGCCUCGAAGCUGGCCGAUGAGAAGUUGCAUGGGACGUUGGUCCAUCUGAAUGAUGCGGACGCGAAGGGCUUGGAUGAGGUGAAGGAUCGACGAUUCCCAGCAAUAUGCUUUGAGACGGGGUGCCUGAGGCUGAAAACUCAAGUUCAAGUUUACCAGUGGAAAGAGACGAAGAAAGAGGAGAAGAAGAAGGACAAUCUGGGCGGCGGUGAGACCACGAUCACGAAAUUUGAGUACAACAAAGUGUGGUCUGAUACUCAGAUCAAUUCCGCAUCCUUCAACCAGCCCGGCCAUAGCAACACCAUCUCCGUUUCUGGCUUGCAAUGCGGCACGGAAGAGUUGACCAACACCACCGUGAAGUAUGGCGAGAGCUACUACCUGCCCAAGGAGUUAGUGCAACAACUUGGAGGCCCAAUGAAGUGGCAGGACGCCAACCGUCUGGUGAAGGUUCUGGAGUUCAAUGGCUCCAGGUUUGAGCGCUCUGAAGACUGGUUCUACUAUCCGCCAGCUGCAGCCCAAGCCCCGACUGUGGGCAGUGUGCGCGUCUCCUCCCGGUACCUGCCAGAUGGACCUGCAUCAGUGGUGGCGCUGCAAAUGGAAGACAAGCAGCACCCCAACGCCGCAACAUUCCUUCCUUACCGAUUGGUCUACCGAGGCCUCUGUGGUGGCCUUACUGAGGAUGCCCUGCGAGAAGCGCUUCUCGCCCAGGGGCAGAAGGGCAGCGAUGAGCUGUACGAAGAGGAAGCCUGGACGAGUGGCCCUUUUGCAUGUCUCUGUUGCUGCUGCAACAUGGUUGCGAUGUGCUUCGCCAAGUUGGCGCCCCCGCAGAUCUUUGCGGCUUUCAACGGGCAUAGCAGCUCUGAGGAGUGCUUCGAGAAGCUGGAAAUGAUUGGAAGGCUGCAGAAGUGGGGGCUGCGGCUUCUUUCCUGGGUGCUGCUCUAUGCGGCCACCUACGCACUCUUUCAGCCCUUGCUGGUGGUUCUGGACAUCUUCCCAUUCCUUGGCCCGUACCUCAGCACUGGCGCAGGCUGGGUUGUUGGGAUCGUAGUGUUCGUGGUCACGGCCCUCCUUGCCACCACCAUCAUCUCCUUAGCUUUCCUCAUUUACCACCCGCUGGUCGGCUUGGCAUACCUGGUGGGUGUGGGUCUUGCCGUCGGUGCUGUGAUCGGCAUCUCACAUGCUCUGUCUUCAUAG